CGGGGCUGGCCGUGGGACGGGUCGAGCUCGUGGCUCCGCGAGGCCCGUGGGAGCGGCAGCCCGAGCGGCGAGCGCGGCCGGCGGACAGGCAGUGCGCGGGGCAGCCCUCGGCGGGCGGCUAUGGCGGCGGCGCUCGGGGCGCGGGGCGCGACGAGGCGCUUGUUGGCGGCGCUGCGGGGCAGAAGGCCGAGCCUCGCGGCCAUGUCGACUGAUGCCCGGGGGCUGGCAGCAGAAGAGCGGAGACAGGCCGUGCUUGACCUCAAAGCGGCAGGAUGGGCAGAGUUAAGUGACAGAGACGCCAUCUACAAAGAGUUCUCCUUCAAAAGUUUUAACCAGGCAUUUGGCUUCAUGACCCGCGUCGCCCUGCAAGCGGAGAAGAUGAACCAUCACCCGGAGUGGUUCAACGUGUACAACAAGGUCCAGAUAACGCUCAGCUCGCAUGACUGCGGCGGACUUACCCAGAGAGACGUGAAGCUGGCCAAGUUCAUCGACAAAGCAGCCACUUCUGCCUCUGUGUGAUUCCUUCCAGAAUGCAUGUAAAGUCUUGGGCAUAUCUUAGCUGUCGUGUAGUUGAGAGGCAAUUUUACAUGGAUUGAUUAAACUGUAAACUUAGAACCUCUGUAUGACAUUUGUUAAGAUCAGCGCUGAAGUGUAAAACUCAACUGUGAAGCAUUUCUCACCCUAUCUAAUCCCUUACAGGAGAUGCUGUAACCCAAGAGGUUUGGGAAAUACCGAAAAGUGGCAUCCUAUAAGAUAAGAAGUGCUAUAAGGAUGCGUUCACAGGCUUUAUAACCCAGACAUUCACGAUACAAAUGAGCUCUGUUGCAGAACAGUGGUGAGGUGGAAAAAGAAUCAAGAGCCCUGCAGGUGGUGGUUUUUUAACUUUAUAUACAACAAUUCUUGUGAAGCCAAGGUUCAAACUGUAGCUGAUGAUUCUGCUUAAGUAAUUAAUGAGGUGACAUAAGUCACUGAUGUCGGAUGAGCUCUUGUGGCUUACUUUUCUGACAGGGAACUGAAGCGGCAGACGUGUGUCUCACCCCUGGCUUCUUGGAGAUAAGGUGGCGCUACGAGGACUGAAUGUCCCAGGGACCAGUUCAGCGAUGAGGGGAGGAACUGCCUGCUGUUGCAUUCAGUGUUUAAAUGUUGUGACCCCCAACCCCCAGCCAGAGGGUUUGCAGCUUCAGGAUUCCACAGGGGUGUCCUUGGGAUGCACUCCCUUCAGGAGCCUUUAGAGUCACCCUGUUGCCACCAGCCCCAGCUCGGGCCUGAGAGCCCAUGUGGAAGCAUCACACAGUGGCUGUGCUCGCAGAAGCCAGAGCCUGGCUGGCUCUGCUGCCAGGAGAGGCUGGUGUGGACAGCUGGUGUCAAGGUCUGUGUGAGCAGGGGCCAGGCAGAAGAGGCCACCGGCUGAAGGGCACAGAGCCCUGAUGCUAGCACUUCUACUUCUAGCAAUUUUUUUUUUUUUGUUUGGUCAAAGGAAAAGGCAAAGCUGUGUGGUAUUAGACUCUCUUUGUCUGUUACAAAUCUUACCAAAGCGUUUGAGUUCAGUGCUUUGGAUUUUUCAGAUGAAUAUUUUAGGCAUGAGCAAAUUGGAACCUACUGCAAAGUACAGCAGGUGAUAUACUGAGCCCUUCCAUGCUCAUCGCCUGGGUGCUUGUGUAUAGUAACUGCCAGCAUGGCUGGUGCUGUUGUUCCACAUAAUUCCCCUUUUUAUUUUCCUUGCUAAAGUGUUUCGAAGCAAACCCCAGGUGGUAUGUCAUCUUAAGUAAGCUGCUAAGAAGCACAAUCAUUUUCCUGUGUAAGACGCCGUGCCAUUAUCACACCUAACAAAAUAAACCGUGAGUUUUUGGUACCACCUGGCACGCUUAACCAGAUUGCCCUGCAGGUCAAGAACAUGUCUGGGCAGUGAUAUUGUUCUCAGCAGGCUUCCUAGCCAGUUAUGGUGUAUCCUCACGCCUUCUGUGCAGAGGAGCCGGAUUCCCAUAACCCAUACCUGACUUGGAAGAGUACCAGGGAUGCUCAUCCUGUGGGAUGCUCUCCCUUCUGCGGGGGUUCAGUGGCUCCCUCCUGUUGUCAUGUCAUGUGUUGCUGCUCUACCCGAGUGAAAUCCUUCCUCCCAGUGUUAAAUGGUCUUAGCAGUUAGACCUGACAGCCUCGUUGGCAGGCGUAUCACAUGUAAAU